GUGGGGGGGGGAGAGGCUGGUGAAGGUGCGUUUCUGACAAACCCGAAAGUCAUUUCCAAUUUCAAGUGGACUUUGUUCCAACUAUUGGGGGCGUCCGCUUCCCCUCUUCAUGUUUGCCUGCAAACUUCCUCCUCCAACCCAGGACUAAUGGAUCACCACCUGCUUGGAUUUCUCUUCUCCUUCCUGUUCAGUGGCACCAAGGUCUUAGCCGGUUACCCAAUUUGGUGGUCCCUGGCCCUGGGGCAGCAGUACACAUCACUGGGGUCCCAGCCUCUGCUCUGUGGCUCCAUUCCUGGCCUGGUCCCCAAGCAGCUCCGUUUCUGCCGCAACUACAUUGAGAUCAUGCCCAGUGUGGCAGAGGGAGUGAAGCUGGGCAUCCAAGAAUGUCAGCAUCAGUUCCGGGGCCGACGCUGGAACUGUACCACCAUCGAUGACAGCCUGGCCAUCUUUGGGCCUGUCCUUGACAAAGCUACUCGGGAAUCCGCUUUUGUGCAUGCUAUCGCCUCUGCUGGUGUGGCUUUUGCUGUCACCCGGUCUUGUGCCGAGGGGACCUCUACAAUCUGUGGCUGUGACUCCCAUCACAAGGGGCCUCCUGGGGAUGGCUGGAAGUGGGGGGGCUGCAGUGAAGAUGCCGACUUUGGGGUGCUGGUCUCCAGAGAGUUUGCUGAUGCCCGUGAGAACCGUCCAGAUGCCCGCUCUGCCAUGAACAAACAUAACAAUGAGGCUGGUAGGACGACUAUCCUGGACCACAUGCAUCUCAAAUGUAAGUGCCACGGGCUCUCAGGGAGCUGCGAAGUGAAGACCUGUUGGUGGGCCCAGCCUGACUUCCGGGCCAUCGGUGACUUCCUCAAGGACAAGUACGACAGUGCCUCUGAGAUGGUGGUAGAGAAACAUCGAGAAUCAAGGGGAUGGGUGGAAACUCUCCGGGCCAAAUACGCACUCUUCAAACCACCUACCGAGCGCGACCUGGUCUAUUAUGAGAACUCUCCCAAUUUCUGUGAACCCAAUCCUGAGACCGGAUCCUUUGGAACCAGGGACCGGACUUGUAAUGUCACCUCCCAUGGGAUCGAUGGCUGUGACCUGUUGUGUUGUGGUCGAGGCCACAACACACGGACAGAGAAGCGAAAGGAGAAAUGUCAUUGCAUCUUCCAUUGGUGUUGCUAUGUCAGCUGUCAGGAGUGUAUCCGUAUUUAUGAUGUCCACACCUGCAAGUAAAGACCAGAGGGCUCUAGAAGCAGGUGAAGCAUGUGGCCGGGAGGAUUGACCACAGUCCCACGGGAAGCCAGGAUCUACAGCCAGGACCCAUGCUCACAGCAUCGGAGAGCAUUGAACAAAACAGACUAAUGCCAGAUGCAUGUGUGGUAAAUUACCUGGACCUAACCCAUCCAAUGAAUGGGACUUUUUCCUCCUUUCCUUUCCUCAAGAUUUUCACCCUACUCUGGAUGCUUUGUGUUUUGGUUUUUGUUUUUAUUAAGAAGGGGCUCUCUCUUUGGUUCGCUACGGUCUGACAGGCACAGACCUCAGAGCUAAUCUUUGCACAUGUUAAGAGAAAAUAAAAAUUAAAAAAAAAUGUCAACUCCAACAGGACAGGCCGAGCUGAUCUAAGCUCUCUGCCUGAUAACAGCAAUCACUAUUUUCAAACUGUUACUUGUGAUGGGAUUCCUCAGUGUCUAUGAGGUGGGAAUUAUGAGGCAGGACAGCCUCCUGUGGUAUCCACUUCUCUAACUGCUCCCAUCUAAAUUUGACAUCCUUUUGCAUGCUGGUGAAAAGCCGUAGGUUUAGCUGGGAUAAAGUGGGAGGCUGGGCCAAGGCCAUGCUGGAAGAGGCUUUUGAACUUUAAGUACCUGUUAAGCUGCCCAAAUAGUAGCCACGCAUUAUUGUCUCAUUUUUUCCUAAAGCCUGUUCGGUUUAAGAAGCAUUUAUGAACAAUAGAUGCAAAACCCAAAGCCCCCUUGUAAAGAGGCUUCGUCUAGAAAUGCAGUCAAGUAAUUUUUUUGUGAACCAGGAACAUGGGCAAGGCUUGUUCACCAGCUCUAAUGGAGUCUCACUGAAGUCUUAAUGAGGCCAUCCAUCCAUCCACCAUCCACCAUCCACCAUCCAUCCACCAUCCACCAUCCAUCCAUCCACCAUCCAUCCACCAUCCACCCAUCCAUCCAUCCAUCCAUCCAUCCAUCCAUCCAUCCAUCCAUCCAUGAUUUUUUGUUUUUAGUUGUAGGAAUGAGAAGUAUUUUUGUUUCCUCUGAAAUAAGGAUGAUUCCCUGCCCCUCCCUCUAACUGCCCUUCCCUUUCUUUGACCCAUAUAAGGAAAAUUGCAAUCCAAUGAAAAGCUCAUCCAUUCAGCUUUUCUUCCCCUUGUUUUUACUCAGAGAUAGCACUCUGAACAUAUACUCAUCAUGCUGCCAUUGAUUUUGAUAUAAUCCAUUCAAGAUAGGCCAGCUCAAUUUUCUUGGUCCAAAUUUUUGGGAUGCACUUAAGUAGGACCAACUACCCAGCCUUGGGACAAUUUCCUAUCUCCUCUAGAAAUCUAUUAAAAUCCAGACAAAUGAUUUUAAUUUUUUGAAACUUUGACAAAAGUACAUGGGAAGAGGAUUCAGGGAAGAAAGAAGAAAGUUUACUUUCUAUUUGAGCUACUAUGUUCUUGGAUCUGGGGUCAGGAGACAGAAUUAGUAGCACUCUCCUUGUUCUCUAAGAUAGUCUAUGCCAAAACCUAGGAGCCUCGCAUGCCAAUUUUUAAGCUGCAAAAAAACCACUUCCACCUCCCCUGCCCUCCUUCCCCACCUCCUCCCUACAGAGCGUGAUUGCUCCCUCCACUUCACCUAGACAGCGAGUGUUAAACCGAGGCAACUCAGCGAUGCUUGCUAUGAGUGAUAAAUAUUUUAAAAGCAGCCUUUUCGUACCUAUGUAUUCUAUAUUAAAAGUGAUAAAAAAAGUCAUGUUUCCGGGGAGUAUUCCAGUAGCUGACUUAAUUAUUUAAUAAUCUUACAUUGAUUACAUUGUAAUUAUUCUUGCUGUAGUCAGGUAUUAGUAUCCGAUGGAAAUUUCCUACAAACCUGCUGUAUCCAAAGUUUUGUAAAAAGUUGUAGAGGUUGUAGAUCUUUUUGAUUUUAUAUUCAAAAGAAUUCUCUUUUUAUAAAUAUUAUUUAUUAUACAAUGUAUAUACCUUUGAGUUAACUAAGAUUAUAUAUUAUAUAAAUAUAUUAUAUAUAUAUUUGGAGAAAAUAUAUUUCAUCAUGCAGUUUUUUUUUUCUGUUAAGUCAUUAAAGAGAAGGUAAACAAACUUAAAACUGACAUGUGGUUACAGUCUGCGUACUUUACAGAUGAACUCUCACAAGUCCAAAAAAUAUGAAAUUCCAAACAGUUUUCUGGUCCCUGACCCCAGCUUGAUGUAAUUUCCCCUGCUCCUGUGGAAGAAUAUUCGAAACAUAAUUUCAUAUAGUUGAGUUUGAGCUACUACCAAUGUAAAGUUACCAGAGGUAACCUUCUGCUUAAAUAAACUCAAACUAUAUAAUUUACAAGUUAUAGAAUUGGUAACAUUGGGUACUGAUUAAAUUUUUGGAACCUGAUAUCAUUUGUUUAAGGACUUUUCUGCUUAGACAGCAUCGUACUUUAGAUUAGCAUCAUCUUGUGCUAAAAUGAAAAUCUGUCACCUGAUUUGUUUGUUUACAUCAGAUAUUUUAUUUCCUUCCAAAAAAAUAAAAAAAAAGAAGAGCUGCAUUUUGGGAAUUUUCAGAUCUUAUCUGAAGCUGUUUUGGUUGGAAGUGAACUAGGUGAGAAUUUGAUGGCAUAAAAAGGAGAUCCAAUUCUGGAAGUGCCAUUGGUCUCGUCGCCAAUUUAGUUCUUUCUUCACAAAGUUUUCAAUUGAUUGUUGAUUGGAAUUUUAUGAGGAAAAUUGUGGGGAUAUAGGAUACGCUUUGUAGGCACCUCUGAUAAAAUUAUUUCUAUUUUGUAAAAUAAGGAAUGUUGGUAUUUAGGAUGUUCUGUAAAAUGUCAUUAAUGGUAGUUUCCUCCAGGCCCCACCAUAAGGAAUGUAAUAGAAUGAAAAUGUUGGCUGGUGAGUGGGGAAUGGUAUUCCAGGGCUCUUUAAUUUCACAGAAAGCAGGCUCAUUAACAUUUCUAGAUUGGCUUGGGCAAUUUCCAGGGUGGUAUAUUUCUUUUUUGAAAAAACAAACAUUCAAAGUCUUAUUUUUAUAAUUCAGAAUUGGGGAUGUUUCUUCCAGUUUUUAGACUGAAUUGCAAAUUUCUACCUUUAACAUAUAUAGCAACUCUCUCUUAAGUUCAAAAGUGCUUACAUACUUAUGUUAUGCUAUUUAUUUACUUAUCUUGCACUUUCUCUUAUCAAAUCACCUUUAGUAUUUACACUACAUCUGGAUAGAGGAUAGACUGUUUACCAGCAUAUUUCUAAAAGAGUUUGGAGAAAAUAUUUUUCCAUUCUUUUGUAACUGACCCCUUUGCAUAUUUGGUGGUAUAUCAAUUUUAAAAAAGCCUUUACCUUCUGUCUCUGAUUCAAAACUGAGUAUCAGUUCCAAGGCAGGAGGGAGUGGUAAGGGAUAGGAUUAAGUGACUUGCCCAAGGUCACCCAGCUAGGAGGUGCCCGAGGCCAAAUUUGAACCCAGGAUCUCCUGACUUCAGACCUGGCUCUUUUAUCUACUGAGUCCCCUAGCUGCCCUUCGAUAUGUCAGUUUUGAUCCAUUUCAAUCAGACAUCAUCUGGAGUACCGUGUCCUUCUAAGGUGGCACAUCUCCCAGAGGACAACUUGAUGGAGACUAAGCCAUAGGAGGAAGGAGGUGAAGGGAAUGGCAAUGUUUAACUUGGAGCAGUGAAGACCCAGGAUCAGGGGAGGGUGGGGGGAGGGUGUGAAGGGAACACGAUAGCUGUCUUAUUUGAAAGGCUGUCAUCCGGGAGAGAUUAUGUUCUACGUAACCCCAGAGGGCAAAACUAUCAGCAGUGUGUGGAAGUCAGAUUUUAUUUCGAUAGAAGGAAAGUUUCUCAAGAACUGGAACUUUCCAAAGUGGAAUGGGCAGGAGGUAGCUGGCCCCCCAUUCCUUAGGGUCUUAAUGUAGGGAGUGAAUAACCACUCUGUGCGAUCUAUCUCUCUUAUGGACUGAUGAAAGGCCAUUGACAAACCGUGGUAUGCCCUGAGGAGAUUCACCAUGUCCUAGCAAGACAAGUCGAAAAGGAACUAAGGAAUAGAAUUUUCCUCAUUUUACAAAAAGAAUAACUUAGGAACAGUUUCAUGGGUGUCAAAAUAGCCACAAAAUUUUAACAAAAAGCAAGGAAACAAGAUUCUCAAGAUAAAAUGGAAGCUGAUCAGGUCCUUUUCUAAAUGGUUAACCUUAAGAGAAAUUAUGGCUGCCAUUGUUGUUGGUUCUCUCUGCCGCCCGUCCCAUUCUCCUUCCCAAGGAGCAUUUUGCAGGGAGGGAUGGGCAUGGUACUCUUAGUCAUCUUAUGCUCCUGAAGCAAUGCAGAACUGGGACUGUGUAUCCUCUUGUAAGUUACAUGCUAUCGAUGUUCAUUUAUAGGGACUCUUGUUGAUCACAGAAGUGGUGUCUUGAAUUUUCAUGCUAUCCUUGACAUAGAGUUCUGCUCUCCCUCCCUCCCGCCCUCUCUCUCCCCCCCCCUUCCUCUCUCUGUCUGUCUGUCUGUCUGUCUCUGCCUCUCUCUCUCCCUCCCCUUCCCGCUCUGUCGUCUCUAUCCGUCCGUCUCUGUCUCCUGACUUCCAGACCAUGAUCCUAACAAUCCCUGAGAGAACACAAGAAGCCCAACCAAAUAUAAAGCAUAUAUUAAUGUCUGAACUAAAAGUGAAGGCUGAGGAUUUAAAGGUUUGGGAAGCAGUGUGAAUAGGGUAAGAAAAAGCAUUCUCUGCUUUUGAAAUUUUUAAGGAAAUCUGAAAGAAAUCACUUGCUGGUUAUUCAUCUAGGGAGGGAGAUGGAUCCAACUAGGCCACUGCUAUUCUAUCACUAAGCUGUAUGUUGGCUAACUUCAGAUUUUUAGUUGCCUGGUUCUUGCUUUUAAGUCAUUCUUGGGAUACGUUAUCAAGCAUAUAUUCAGACAACUCUACUCGGAUUCCCAAGUGAGUGGAUUCAUUUCAGAGUCUUGGAGACUCCCCAGGGAGCUUCAGAGAGACGAUUCCUAAAAAAGUGUUCAGGCUGUCCCGAGAACUCUAGAUUAGGACUCAAGAGUUCUGGGAUUGUCUGGAUUCUAAUUUGGUGACUGGGUGCUUCAGACUUACUCCGAGGGUGUUUAGGCUGAGAGAUUCCAUACCACAGGAAAAUGCAAAACAAAGGAAUAAAACAAAAACAAAAGCAAAAUUUCAGAGGGACACCAAGACUUACUAUGAAAAGAGCUGCAAAAAAUCACAAUGGGAAUGCUUGAUUUAUGUGCUUCAUAGAAGAAUAGAGUUCUAAUUAAGAAUAAUUUCCCUAACUUCAUUACUGACUUAUUGCAUGGCUUCUGUACCCCAGUUUCCCAAUGGGAAAAAUAAAAUAAAGCACUUGCAAUUUUA